AUGCUUCCCGCUUGCCUCGGAGAUAGCGAGCUUCAACAGUCUCACUACGAGCAGCUCUCACGUGAUAUAUGCGGUCGUAGCUGUGAGAGGAAGUUUGAGAAGGGAGAUGAAGUGGCCUACGAUCGGAUCCUCGCGAUUCUCAUUAUCAUGAAAAAGUUCAAACAGCUAGAGCAGUUUCUCGAUAACAAGAUCAACAACGGCGACCUCCCGCUCGUGCAAGAUCACCGCAAGCGACUCUACUCGGCCCGGGACAAAGAACAGCCUUUGCAGUUCCUUGAGGCACAAGGUUGGGACCUAGCCGACAGGCAGGAGCUCUACAAAUCCCAAUUGAGAGUUCUGGCUCCAGUGUUUGCACCGAGCGUUCAUGGGCAAACGGCCAGCCACUACUCUGUCCCAUAUCUUCGACCUCUGCCGUUCAAGGAAAUCCGCAGUGGGAAUCUGCCAGGAAGUGUCAUGGCCGGCCAUUACGGCGAGGUUAAGCGUGUCAAGAUCCACGCAGCCCACAAUAGAUUCAGUCACUCGCGCUUCGCCGUCAAGCAUCUCAGGUCGGACAACGCCGACGACUUCAGGCACGAGGUUGCGAAUCUCGAACGGCUUAAGUACCUCCUGGUCUUCCCGCUCGCCACUGGGAACCUGCGAAACUCCUGGGCUUCCAGCCAUAACGGGACACAGGAAGACCUUAGCAAGUGGGCCCUAGAGCAAUGUCUCGGCAUCUCCCAAGCUCUCAGAAUAGUGCAUGGUAUUGAUCCAAGAGUCGGCCAGAUAGACACCGCUGGCAGUAUGGAGGCGGGCUCACAAGGAAGCCAGGACACGCCUGAGGCCAUUUACGGAAUCCAUUCGGACAUAAAGCCCGAAAACAUUCUGUGGUUCGGCUCCUCAGCUCCCCAAACCUCCCCGAACGACAUCCUAAAGCUCGCCGACUUCGGAAUUUCCACAUUCCACCACACUGAAUCCAGAUCGGCCGCCAUACUCGGCGCCCACACUAAAACUUACCGUCCCCCCGAGUCCCAACUAGGCACAACCAAGUCGCGCGCCUUUGACAUCUGGAGUCUCGGCUGCGUGUUUCUCGAGUUCGUCAGCUACAUCGUCCUAGGCCCAGGAGCGGGAGACUUUUCACAAGAGCGUCUCACCAAAGUUGCCGAAAGAGAUGACAACGAUAUUCCCUCGGAUACGUUUUACAUCAUAAAUCGUGUUACUGUUAGGGACAAGCAGAAUCGGCAGGCCAGUGUGAACCCAGCGGUGAAAGAGCGUAUCCAGGAACUCCUCGAACAUCCGAAAUGCACACAGUUCAUACGAGACUUCCUCGACCUCAUCAAGGACGGCAUGCUCGUGGUUAACCACGAGGAUCUCAAUAAUGGUAAUGCGCUGCAGAUCAUCGUCAAUCGGAGCGUCCAUUCCAUCUGCCGCAUCGCGUGCGCAAUCCCACAAGACAGUGGCGAUGCCGUGCCCUGCGUCUCGUACAUUCUCCGAACCUCCGUGUCCCUCCACCCGGAUCUCGCCCUCUCCAUCACCUACUUUCCCACCGUCGAGCGUCUCUAUGCCGUCUUCCUGGGCUGCCAGCCCAAGCAGAUGGGCACUAUCCACUACCGCCUCGGUUUCGCAGGAAUGGGCGCCCUCCAGCCCUUCACGCUAAUCAAUACCUUCCUCGAAAUCGAAAAGAAGCACCGAUUCGAUGCUGUUACCAGCCACAGCAUGAACAUGCUCAGGCUCGUGGAGAACUUCGCCGUCAGCGAGAAUCAUGAUUCGACUCGCUACGCCUGGAGGAAUGAGGAGGACCCCGGUGGCCUGGUGCGAAUUUGUGGGCAGGUGACGCAUCUGAGGGAUCAGCUUGAGUUGUGGAAGGGGGAGAUUGUGGGGUUGAGGGAGUGCAUGGGGAACGACUUCCCAAACGAGAUGGUGGAUCCUCUAGAUGUGGCGGGUAAGAAGAAAUUGCCCUUGUUGGAGCCGAGAGCGUAUCUCUACAGGUUGGUGAGGGAAUACGAGGCGAGGAUAAGGGUUUGCAAUGGGGUAUUGGCCACUGGAGGGUUGGCUUUUCAGGUGGAAAUAGCCACCAUCGCCAGACGAGAGACGGGCAAGAUGAAAGCUGUUGCGUUGCUGACCAUGUUCUUCCUGCCGGCCACGUUUGUGUGUGCAUUCCUCGCAAUGGGCGUCUUCAACUGGCAGCCAAACUCUGGUUCCGACUCCGGCGACGGAGGGGGUAGCCAAAGCGACACGAGAAUUCUUGCGCCCUUGUGGUGGAUCUUCUUUCCUUUGUCGGGUGGCCUCACUGCCAUUGUGCUGUCUCUGUACUAUUUCUGGAAGGACCUAAAAGGAUGGGUGCUGGCUCUGGUGCGACGGGCGAGGAGACGAGAAAAACCCGACCAUUGCCGUGUCUAAGCUCAAGGGCAUCUCGACAAGGUGUAUUACAUAGGAUGGGGAAUGGGAUUGAGAUUGGGAUUGGUAAGGAUCGUAGAUUAAUUAGAUGCAAUUCCCUGCGCACAG